CCUGGUGAUGGGUUGCCCGGCGGUCGCCUGGUUACCGGCCGCGGAGGUCCUCGCUGCGCCAGCGCAGGCCGCGGAGGUCUGUGGGCCGGAGCUUACGCUAGAGUCUUUCUGUCUGUUCCGCUAUGGCAGCGGCAGUGGUCACGCCGUCGGGUUUGGAGGAUGGGGUGUCUCGGUCCCGCGGCGAAGGGGCAGGGGAGGUGGUCGUGGAACGGGGCCCUGGCGCGGCCUACCACAUGUUCGUGGUGAUGGAGGACCUGGUGGAGAAGCUGAAGUUGCUCCGCUAUGAGGAGGAUCUCCUCCGGAAAAACAACCUGAAGCCCCCGUCCAGACACUAUUUUGCACUGCCUACCAAUCCUGGGGAACAGUUCUACAUGUUUUGCACUCUUGCUGCUUGGUUGAUUAAUAAAGCAGGACGCCCCUUUGAGCAGCCUCAAGAAUAUGAUGACCCUAAUGCAACAAUCUCUAACAUAUUAUCUGAACUUCGAUCAUUCGGGAGAACUGCAGAUUUUCCUCCUUCAAAAUUAAAAUCUGGUUAUGGAGCGCAUGUAUGCUAUGUUCUUGACUGUUUAGCUGAAGAAGCAUUAAAAUAUAUUGGUUUCACUUGGAAAAGACCAACAUACCCAGUGGAAGAAUUAGAAGAAGAAACUGUUGCAGAAGAUGAUGCAGAAUUAACAUUAAAUAAAGUGGAUGAAGAAUUUGUGGAAGAGGAGACAGACAAUGAAGAAAACUUCAUUGAUCUCAGCGUUUUGAAGGCCCAGACCUAUCGCUUGGAUAUGAACGAGUCUGCCAAACAAGAAGAUAUUUUGGAAUCCACAACAGAUGCUGCGGAAUGGAGUCUAGAAGUGGAACGUGUACUACCACAACUGAAAGUCACGAUCAGGACUGACAAUAAGGAUUGGAGAAUCCAUGUUGACCAAAUGCACCAGCACAAAAGUGGAAUUGAAUCUGCUCUAAAGGAGACCAAGGGAUUUUUGGACAAACUUCAUAAUGAAAUUAGCAGGACUCUGGAGAAGAUUGGCAGCCGAGAAAAGUACAUCAACAAUCAGCUUGAGCACUUGGUUCAGGAAUAUCGUGCAGCUCAAGCCCAGCUGAGUGAGGCAAGGGAGCGUUACCAGCAGGGAAACGGCGGAGUAACUGAAAGGACCAGACUCCUGUCUGAGGUUACAGAAGAGCUGGAAAAGGUAAAACAAGAAAUGGAAGAAAAAGGCAGCAGUAUGACUGAUGGUGCUCCUUUGGUGAAGAUUAAACAGAGCUUAACGAAGCUGAAGCAAGAAACUAUUCAGAUGGACAUCAGAAUCGGUGUUGUGGAACACACAUUACUCCAGUCAAAAUUGAAGGAGAAGUCCAACAUGACCAGGGACAUGCAUGCCACAAUCAUUCCAGAAUCUGCAAUAGGCUCUUAUUAAAACAUAUCGUUUUUCAGGCUUCUGAUUAGUUUUUUUUUUAAUAUCAAAUCAUAUUUCAUGUUGCAUAGACUUCAAAACACAGUUAUUCCUUUUAAGGCAUGUUGAACGGGUAUUUUUUACAUAUAUACACACAUAUUGUAUGUGUGUAUACAUACAAUGAUGAUCGUGGAUGGUCAAAGCCUUUCAAUGGAAUAUAAUAUUUAAUAAAGUAAUGAAAAAUUCUCACUUUCAAA